AUGAACGGCACAGAGGGACCAGAUUUCUAUGUCCCUAUGGUAAACACCACAGGCAUUGUCCGGAGCCCGUAUGAUUAUCCUCAGUAUUACCUUGUCAACCCAGCGGCUUACUCCGUCCUGGCGGCCUACAUGUUCCUCCUCAUCCUGCUUGGCUUCCCUGUCAACUUCCUCACUCUGUAUGUCACCCUCGAACACAAGAAGCUGCGAACCCCUCUAAACUACAUCCUACUGAACCUGGCAGUGGCUAACCUCUUCAUGGUGAUUGGAGGCUUCACCACCACGAUGUACUCAUCCAUGCAUGGCUACUUCGUCUUAGGGCGCACUGGCUGCAAUCUUGAAGGAUUCUUUGCUACCCUUGGUGGUGAGAUAGCCCUCUGGUCCCUGGUUGUUUUGGCUGUUGAAAGGUGGGUGGUCGUUUGCAAGCCCAUGAGCAACUUCCGCUUCGGGGAGAACCAUGCCAUCAUGGGUGUGUCUUUCACCUGGUUUAUGGCUUGUGCUUGCUCUGUGCCCCCUCUUUUGGGCUGGUCUCGUUACAUCCCUGAGGGCAUGCAGUGCUCAUGCGGAAUCGACUACUACACUCGUGCCCCUGGCUACAACAAUGAGUCCUUUGUCCUCUACAUGUUCUCCUGCCACUUCAUGACCCCACUGUGUGUCAUCUUCUUCUGUUAUGGCCGUCUGCUCUGCGCAGUCAAGGAGGCUGCCGCCGCCCAGCAGGAGUCAGAGACAACCCAGAGGGCUGAGAGGGAAGUCACCCGCAUGGUGGUCAUCAUGGUCAUCGCCUUCCUGGUAUGUUGGGUGCCCUAUGCAAGUGUGGCCUGGUACAUCUUCUCAAACCAGGGCAGUGAGUUCGGACCAGUCUUCAUGACCAUUCCGGCCUUCUUUGCCAAGAGCUCCGCCAUCUACAACCCAAUGAUCUACAUCUGCAUGAACAAGCAGUUCCGUAACUGCAUGAUCACCACCCUGUGCUGUGGGAAGAACCCCCUGGAGGAAGAGGAAGGGGCAUCCACAUCCAAGACCGAGGCCUCCUCCGUGUCCUCCAGCUCUGUGUCUCCUGCAUAA